GCGGCGGGCGGCGGCGGAGGUGGUCACGUUGGGCGAAGCGCUGCGCUCCGUCUCCCCCAUCCCCCCCGGCCCGGACAUGGACCCCGCCGGCGAAGAUAUCAACCUGAACUCAAAUAACCGAGGUCUGUUGGACUUUGUGGUAAAUGACCCGGUGAGCCCAGCUGCCCCUCCCAGGACUCCUGCUCCUGAGGGGCUGACUGAAGCAGAAGAGGAGGAGCUGAGAUCUGAGCUCACCAAGGUGGAAGAGGAGAUUGUGACGUUACGCCAAGUCCUUGCGGCCAAAGAGAGACACUGUGGAGAACUGAAGAGAAAGCUGGGCUUGACCCCCUUGGAUGGUCUAAAGCAGAACCUGUCGAAGAGCUGGCAUGACGUUCAAGUCUCCAAUGCAUAUCUUUCAGCAAGCAGCACAUUGGAGGACUGGAAUGAGAAAUUAACCCAAUCAGAAGCUUACAAGAAGACUCAGGAAACUCUCUCUCAGGCAGGGCAGAAGACUUCAGCUGCUCUGUCCAAUGUGGGCUCUGCUAUCAGUAGGAAGUUUGGUGACAUGAGGGCCCAUCCCUUCUCAUAUUCCUUUAGUAGCAGUUACUCCAUCCGUCAUUCAAUAAGUAUGCCAGUCAUGAGGAACUCUGCAACCUUCAAGUCUUUUGAAGAUCGAGUUGGGACUAUAAAGUCCAAAGUCGUGGGUGGCAGGGAGAAUGACAGCGACAACCUCCACUCUCCAACAGGAGCUGGUGACAAGCCCCUGCAGGACAAUAUUCCUUUCUAACUCCUCUCUGUGACUUUACCCUGCUGCACACUGAGUGCAAGAGCCUCCUCCAGUUGUCACAAUAGCAACUCCACACACACACACACACACACAAAAAAAAUCAGAAAAAAUCCAGGAAGUGGAUAGAGUCCAGUUUUGAGAAAUCACACCCAUCAGAACACAGACAUUGCUGGAUUCAAGUAGAGUAGAGAACACAAAGUUUUGUACACAGAUAUUUUACACUAAAGUUUAUAGAUGAAAUGUAUCACUGUGCUGUCCUUUCCGGGGGCACGUUGAAAUGGACAAGGCUUUUAUUUUGGGUCCCGAAGGGGCCAGUUGAGCCAAAGCUCGAGCUCCCAUUUGGAAAAAUAUAGAAACUCCACUGUAUCCAAAUGGAUGAUUUUUCUGUUUGGGAACAAGAAGGGGCAGUUCCGGAAGAAGCUUCAUUUGAAAACUUGCAUUCCUUCCUCUACCCCCCCAUAGUCUUAAGAAUUCAAAGUCACCUGGAAGGUUCUGACUGGUCUCUACUUAUUUCAAAGUGGUCAAAAUGUGAAACUGUCCAUUUCCCCCAGAAAGGAAACUCAAUUUAGCAGCUGCCUAAUUAUUACACUAAUGCUCUAGCUUUAACAAAACUAAAGUCUUUAUUUUUUAAAAUGCAGUGGAUUUUUCAAGAAUCAAAGCUAAACAAAACAGCUUUAGCCUCAUAAUUCAAAUAAUAUUAUCUUGGACUCAAGCUGAAAUGCAAGCCUUACAUCGCCUUAUGCUUUACUUGUUUGUAAUCUUUUUAUAUCUAGAGAAAAAUAAGUAUUCUGAAACUGGGUUUUGAGCAUUGUAUGGACUUUUGCAUUUAACCGUUGUGGCAGCAUGCCUGUGCUGAUUGGUAUGUUUAUUUAAUUCACCCUGCCUGAGAGUAUAAAACUUGCUUCUCUGUUCUCUGGCUUGUUGCUACAUCAGCUUUUAUCUGGUUAUUGCUUUGGGCAAAGUGGCUUAAGGGCCUCUGAAGGGAGGGACGGCUCAGCCAGAUUAGAGAAGGAUAAACCCUGGUUUUAAACAACACUUGGCCAUGGAUUAGGUAAGAGCAGCCCACCUCCAUCCUCUGUCAUAUGGGCUCUUCUGAUUGGGAAUAAUUCUAAUUGAUUUUAUAUUAUUGGGUAGUGAGUCUGUCCCUGCCAUGGUUUACAGAACAUUUAUUCCAAACCUAGAUGUAACGGAAAGGCAGGCUAGAUCUCUCUUGGAUCAGGCUGGAAUGAAUUUCACAACUGGAAGGGACUUUGUCCAGGAUUUUUUGAACAUGAUACCAACAUUUCUCAGGAGAUACCUUUUUUUUUUUCCCUUUUCAGAAUGCCGUUUCUUGGCAGCAUCUUGUUGGUAUGCCUAGUGUGAAGGCUCUCAGCAUUGGGACUGAAAUGUUUAGGUUCUCUUGAAUACAUAUCAAACUCACUGACGGAAGGAUUAGUCCCUCUGGUUUAAGGUUGACUCCAUUUUGUUGAGCCUUCAUGCUCUCUCUGCUCUAAAGAAGCAAGUUCUGAUACACUUGCAUCAUCUUAUCAAUCCAAACACCCCUUUAGAGGUUGCAUUCCAUGCAACAUUGAGGCAGAUGUAGUCGGAAGCAUGCUGUGUAACUGUCGUUUUACUGAGUUUUAUUACUUGUGGCUUAAAAUGUCAGAUGGGGGAACGGAGAGAAGAUAGAUGCAGGGGUGGGAAUUGAUCUCGUCCCCAUUACAACUGAAUAUUGGGUAAUGUGUCAAUAAAUCAUUCCUUUGGGGGGAAAA